AUGCUAGGUGGUCUUUGCAGGGCCACUUUCUUUGACUCACGACCGUGGUGCUUGUGGCCUCGAAACCUGCGAGGCAGGCUAAUUACAAUACCAUCCAGGGCUGCUCACUCGGAUGGGUUUUUCAAAGCCAACAAGGUAAAACAAGCCACAAGUGAUGAAAAAACAGCCGUUGAAGCGCUGAUACGGCGGCCGGGGAUCUUAAAUUUACAAAGCUACUACGAGGAAGUCUUGGAAAGAGCCCCAGCCAACCGUGCCCGCUUCCGUGGAUUCUCGAUAAUGAACAAGAACUGCAAACGUUCUUUUGAACAGUUGGACCAGCUGUCAGUUUGUGAGCCUGUCCUGGGAUCCUUUGUGGAAGCGCGAAAUUCUGCUGGGGAGGUUGUUUGUGGCAUAGUCACUAGCGUUGCGUUUGGUCGGUUUCAGAAAGACCUGGAUUCCAUAGAGAUCAUAACCCCAGAUGCGGGUUUCGAGCUCAUUAGGCCCAGUACCAUUUCCUUCCAUAUAUACGCCUUGUUCAGCAGCGAUGAGAUAGCAAAACGUGUUGAACAGGCUGAUCCAAGAGGUUUCCGACUUUUGAAACAAGGUAUCGUUGAGUUUAUAGAUCAGACUCAGAGCUUGGUGAAAGAGACCAAUCCGAUAGCGGUGUAUUCGGCCCCGUUGGUAUCCAACAAAAACCGGAUGAUAUCGCCAAAACUAGGAGAAGUGGCGAGAUUCUUGGACCAAAUGUACAUAGACAAGACCUUCUCGCCAUACAAACACUACUUCGGUGCCCAUCUGAUGAUGAACAACAACCCUCAUUUGUGGAAAGUCUCCAGCAAACCCAUGUUUCUGGCUCCUGGUGAGUUCAGUGACAGAUUAACGUUAUAUCAGUCUUUACCUCUGACUCUGAUGAAAAGCAUUGGAAAAGCGCGGUCUCUUAACUCGGAAAAACUUCAACGAUUCAGAGACUCGUUGCAGUCUGCCCUGACAAUGGAUAAAGAGAGUCCAGAAUACAUUGAGAUGGUCAACCGUCUGGGCUCGGAUUAUUUCGGCCAUAUGAUUGAUCUUCUUAGGUAUUAUGUUGCAUACCCCCAUCCUAACCUGGAGGAUGAUGUUACUUCCAUCGUUGGAGUGAAAAUGUCACCAACCAUGAUACAGCAGAUGCUGCGCUCCUCUGGAUUCUUCUCCAGAAUGGACAAGACUCCUCUCUCAGACCUCUAUUUGCGGGACCAGAACAGUUUGGUUUUUACACCGGAACUUUCGUCUGCUGAGAUCGAUUACUUUAAGCAUGUGAGGGCGUUUCUCAGAGCUGAAAACGCCCUCACCUCCUGCAAAGACCUCAAAGUGAUUGGGUUCAAGUCUAGAAAAAUGGAGAAGUUGGAUCUUCCGUCGCAUACCGAUCUCGCAAUUUCGGUGGAAGAUCUGGGCAUGAACAAAUGGAAACUUAAUGUUCAUGUUCCUGAUGUUGCCAGCUUCUAUUCGCCCAGAUCAGACAGGCUCUCGCACAUUAAAUGGGGAUAUCUCAAAGAUUUUGAGACCUAUGAUGGCGAUUCAUUCUUUUUCAGCAAGCAGAUUGUCAGGGACAUGUCUUUCAAAGAGGGUGGACCUCCUAAGGAAUGUAUGACACUGAGUGUUAUCUUUGACCCUGAGUCCUCUACUCCUUGGAUCCAGCCAGACGUUGAAAUCAGACCGGAUGUGAUUGAGUCAUUAACGAUUGUUGAUGCAAAUGAUCUCCAGAGUGCGUACGAGAAAACGUCAAGAAUAUCGAAGCUGUUUGCACAUUCCUCUCAAUCUGAAGAGACACUAAUGAAGCUGAGAAUGAUCAUGGAGAGCCACAGACGCCAUAGGCAGGAUCAAGGAUGGCUGAAUGUGAACAUGAGCGAAAUUCUUUCCUCAAAAGAUGAAUAUUUGGAUAAGGUAUUCGAAGAUCAUAAGGAGCAGCUUGGGUUAUUGACCGGAGAGUUGGCCGCCUUCUUCGCGCAUAAAGAAGCGGUUCCACUUCUCCAUUCGUCACAGGAGAAGGUGAGUAUAGUUGAACAGGACGGAGAAACUGAUGGCAUUCAAAUUCGGUCUGGGACUCCUUUUGUUCCCAGCUAUACUGCUACUUCCUACGAUCAUUUCUUACUGGACGGUGGCUUUUCUGGGCCUAUCUCGAUCACGAGUUAUGUGGCUGCAUUGAGGCUUCUAAAUGUGCCUGAAUUUGGUUUGAUGGAUACGAAGAAACCGCUCAAACCAUUAAUAAGUCUGGGGCUCCAUUACGGAUACUCCGAGUUCGCCAAGCCAAUGAGAUCCUACGAAUCGUUGUUGAACCAAUACCAACUGCUCAAGAUAGCUCACCGAUCCUACAUGUCACAGCACCACGAAUUCAAACACAACUAUCUCUACUACACUGGACACCUCUCAGACGCUCCCAGCAAGCUGCCCGGAAUCGCAGAUCUGGGCCAAGGCCAGUGGGCCGUUUCCUUCAGCAGAAGACAGGCAGCAAACUAUAUUACCAGGGAAAGCCGCAGAUUUCACGUUCUCCAGGGUCUGGAGGGCCAGCUUGAUUUGAAGUUUGCUGCCGAGGCGCAGAGGAUACUGCCGCAGACCCCUGCAGACAGCCUCGACCUCACCUUCUUCAAGUGUUUCAUUUUGGAGUCGGAGUCAUAUCCCAAACUGGCGAAAGGUUAUUGCGUGAAUCUCGGAAUUGAAGUGGAAAUUCUUCUCUCUCCAGGACCAGAGGUGGUGAUCGGUGACAGACUCAUCUGUUCCGAAAUCAUCUACUUGAAUGCCAUAGAAAACCGCAUUGUCUUGAGAUGA